UUGGAUAAUGGAGAUGAGCAAGCAGCACAGAUAAGGCGUGAACUAGAUGGACGACUACAACUGGCAGAACAAAUGGCAAGGGAAAGAAAAUUCCCAAAAUUUGUAACAAGAGAAAUGGAGAACAUGUACAUAGAAGAGCUGCGGUCUUCAGUGAAUUUGCUGAUGGCAAAUUUGGAAAGUCUGCCCGUGUCUAAAGGUGGGCCAGAAUUCAAACUGCAGAAGUUAAAGCGAUCACAGAAUUCUGCAUUCUUGGACAUAGGAGAUGAAAAUGAAGUUCAGCUGUCAAAGUCUGAUGUGGUUCUCUCCUUCACAUUAGAG